ACAUUUUUUAAAAAAUGGCUUCUUUAAAGCUUGUUUCAAAGAGCCUGUUAUUAUUUUGUGUGGCCUUAUGCAUACAAUCACAUCGAAAUACACAAAGAAAUACUCGUAUUAUGAAUAAUCUUUUUAAAUGUGUUGGAUGGAAAAAUUUAAAGUAUGUAAAAUAUGUAACUUACUUCAAUAAAAUAUAUGAUCUAUCGAGUAUCAUUAAAGAGAAAAUAGUAACAGAAACUUGUAAUAAAAAAAUACGAGGUGCAACAAUUUUCCUAGGUUGCACAUACGCAAGUAUUUUAAUUGACAUAGUACAAUCUGUUGAAUAUCAACAAAAAUUCUGUAAAGAAAUAAUGAAUAAUCAAUUUUAUAAAUCACAAAGUCACAAUUUCAUUGUAAAACUCUUAGAUGUUAUAUCCAAUAUAACUUUAUUCACAAAAAAAAUGCAUGGAGCUUUAAAUGCUAUAGACAAACUACAUACUAUUCAAUUGCAGUUGAAUACAAGUGCCGUUAUGUUAAAAGUAGUAUUUCAGGUGUUCCAAAAUUUACAAGUGCAAGUAAAUAAUUAUUUCGCCUCAUGCAAUGAUUUGAAAGACAAUUGUGAAAUACUGAAUAAUAUAGAUAACAAAAUAAUCCAGAUUAGAAAUGGAAUAAGAGGUGAAAUCGACCGUUAUUGUAGAUUGGAAUCUGAAACUAGUUUUUUGUUUAUGCCAAAAUUUAAUGUCGAAUAUAAUAAACAAAUUGUGAACGAAGAAACUAUACAACUUUAUAUUUCUGGCAAUGAAAUUAUAUUAAAUGGAAUAAAAAUGCUAAAUACAGAAAAUUUUACUGAACUAGGUUUCGAAUUUAAUUCAAACACUGGAGAAACAUUCAUUAGAGAUUCAUUAGAUCAUCAAUUAAAAGAAACAAACAAUGAUUCAAAAUUUUCUUCAGCUACGAAUCCAGAUUUUAAUGAUUUUUUUCAAAAAGAAACAGUCAAUGAAUCCAAAACAUCUCCAGCAACGAAUCCAGCUUAUUAUGAUUUUCUUCAAAAAGGUAAUUUACUUUUUGUAAUAAAUGUAUGAUUUUUAUGUUAUUUUGUACAACGAGGCAACAAUGUAUAGUACAUACUUUUCAUAAAUAAAAUAAGCAAUACCAAGAUUUAGAAGUUUAAUUUAUGCAAUUACUUUUUGCUUGUUCUUCUUCUUCCUUGCCUUAAUCCCAACUACUUGGGGUAGGCCACCCUUAUCCUAAACUGCAACUUGACACGAUCUCCCACAUUUCUACGCUCACAUCAGCUGUCCUCAUAUCGCAUUCAAUAACAUCUCUCCAUCUCUUUUUUGGUCUUCCUCUAUAUCUUCUUCCUUCAACAUUCAUUUCUACAACUGUUCUAACGGCUUCCGAUUCUUCUCUCCUCAUAACAUUACCAAACCAUCUAAGUCUACUUUCUCUCAUCAUCCAGGAUUGACGCUUCGCCUAUAUUCCCUCUUAUAUCAAUUAGUAUAUAAAUUACUCUUAUAAAAUAAAAUAUAAUAUCUUACUUUUAUAUAAAUUACUCUUAAAUUAUUUCCAAUUACUCUUUGCUUGUUAUAUUAAUUUAAAUAAUUAUAAGUUUUUUUUAA